UUAACAGCCACAUCUCUUAGAUCUUCGUUUCCCUACAAAGAUCUCUCCCUCUCCCCUCGACUCUCUCUCUCCACGCGUCGAUUCAGAAACCUCUCCUUAACCACCGGAGCCACCGUUAUUCGCCGCCGGGGAGCGGCGGAAGAGAGAUACAAGUGCGGCUCCCUAACCUCUACCUCUAAGAAGACGAUAACAAUGGCGCCGGUGAUUGAAUUGGAUCAAUUCAUUCUUGGGACAUUUGUGGCUUCUCUGUUCGCGUUUGUGCUCCUCUACGUUUUACGCCGAAAUAGCAGCCGCGACGCGAAUUUGAUUCGGAGUAAGAAGAACCGUGGGCUCGUCGUUGCUCAAAACGACGCUGUAUCGAGGAAUCCUGCGACGGAGGGUGAUUCCGGUAUCGAUGUUAUCAUCGUCGGAGCUGGUGUUGCCGGUGCAGCUCUUGCUCAUACUCUCGGCAAGGAAGGACGACGUGUUCACGUAAUAGAAAGAGACUUGUCUGAGCAAGACAGAAUCGUCGGUGAAUUGCUUCAACCUGGUGGUUACUUGAAGUUAAUUGAGCUCGGCCUUGAGGAUUGUGUAAAGGAGAUAGAUGCUCAACGAGUCCUUGGUUAUGCUCUCUUCAAAGAUGGGAAGCACACUAAACUUUCUUACCCCUUAGAAACGUUUGAUUCGGAUAUAGCCGGGAGAAGCUUCCACAAUGGGAGAUUUGUGCAGAGAAUGCGAGAAAAGGCCGCAACACUUUCAAAUGUACGAUUGGAGCAAGGAACAGUUACGUCGUUGCUAGAAGAAAACGGGACAAUCAAAGGGGUUCAAUACAAAACAAAAGAGGGCAAUGAACUUAGAUCAUAUGCUCCUCUCACGAUUGUUUGCGAUGGUUGUUUCUCCAACUUGCGUCGCUCUCUCUGCAAGCCUAAGGUCGAUGUGCCCUCUACUUUUGUGGGUCUUAUCUUGGAGAAUUGUGAACUCCCAUUUGCAAAUCACGGGCAUGUUGUUCUCGGUGACCCAUCACCCAUCUUAUUAUAUCCCAUCAGCAGCACAGAAGUCCGUUGCUUAGUCGAUGUACCUGGUCAAAAAGUUCCUUCCAUUGGAAAUGGUGAAAUGGCAAAGUAUCUGAAAACACAGGUUGCACCUCAAGUACCACCUGAGGUUCGUGAAGCGUUCAUCUCCGCCGUUGAAAAGGGUAAUAUAAGAACCAUGCCGAACCGAAGCAUGCCAGCUGAUCCGGUUCCUACACCUGGAGCACUUCUCCUUGGAGAUGCAUUCAACAUGCGACAUCCUUUAACCGGUGGUGGAAUGACUGUUGCAUUGGCAGAUAUCGUUAUACUCCGUGAGCUUCUAAGGCCUAUUCACAGUCUUAACGACAAAGAAGCACUGUCUAAGUACAUUGAAUCCUUUUACACACUGCGGAAACCUGUAGCUUCCACCAUUAAUACAUUGGCGGGUGCGUUGUACAAGGUCUUUUUAGCUUCUUCCGAUGAAGCGAAAACGGAGAUGCGUGAAGCUUGCUUCGACUAUCUUAGCCUUGGAGGUGUUUGCGCAUCUGGUCCGGUUGCAUUGCUCUCUGGUUUAAACCCUCGUCCUUUGAGUUUAGUUCUCCACUUCUUUGCUGUGGCGAUCUAUGCUGUUGGUCGUUUAAUGCUACCAUUUCCUUCUAUCAAAAGCUUUUGGCUUGGAGCUAGAGUUAUCUCGAGUGCGUCAGGUAUCAUCUUUCCCAUAAUAAAAGCAGAAGGAGUCAGGCAAAUGUUCUUCCCUCGUACUAUCUCUGCCAUAUACCGUCCUCCUCCUCAAUGAUUUCAUCAGGAGCUACGUACACUGAAUGAUCACAGCUAUUCAGGCAAAUGCUAUUACUUAUAAUCAAAUCUCUUUGUUGCUUAAAUGGUAAUCAUGUGGGUGUUUAAGGCAAGACAGCUCUAAUAAAACAAGUGUAUACAUAGCUCCUUAGGUAUAUAUGAUUGGACAGCAAAGAGUCUUGUAAGUGCAUCAAUGUAAAAAAUAAACCGAAGUAAGCCCGAAUCUGUUAUAUAUUUCGAUUAUUUAUCAUCUUGUUG